AUGGCCAAUGCCUCCCCAGAUGUGGACAACGCGGAAGCCCAGCGCCAGCUCAACAACAACAACCGGCCAAUCAGCUCAGGGCUUUGGGAGACGGAGUGCACCAGUGCCAAGCUGUUUGAGUGCUCGCGCAUCAAGGCCUUGGCAGAUGAGCGGGAUGCGGUGCAGAAGAAGACCUUCACCAAGUGGGUCAAUUCCCACCUGGCCAGGGUGUCCUGCCGCAUUGCCGACCUCUACAACGACCUGAGGGACGGCUACAUGCUCACCAGGCUGCUGGAGGUCCUCAGUGGGGAGCUACUGCCGAGGCCCACACGGGGCCGCAUGCGCAUCCACUGCCUGGAGAAUGUGGACAAGGCUCUCCAGUUCCUCAAGGAGCAGAGGGUCCACCUGGAGAACGUCGGCUCCCAUGACAUCGUCGACGGCAACCACCGCCUCACCCUGGGCCUCAUCUGGACCAUCAUCCUCCGCUUCCAGAUCCAGGUGAUCAAGAUAGAGACCGAGGAUAACCGUGAGACUCGCUCUGCCAAGGAUGCCCUGUUGCUCUGGUGCCAGAUGAAGACAGCAGGGUACCCCGAGGUCAACAUCCAGAACUUCACCACCUGCUGGAGAGACGGCCUGGCCUUCAACGCCCUCAUACACAGACACAGACCGGACUUGAUAGAGUUCCACAAGCUGACGCGGUCCAAUGCCACUCACAACCUCCAGCAAGCCUUCAACAUCGCCGAACAGAACCUGGGCCUUACCAAACUCCUGGACCCCGAAGAUGUAAAUACGGAGAACCCAGACGAGAAGUCCAUUAUUACCUAUGUGGUCUCCUAUUACCAUUACUUCUCCAAGAUGAAGGCCCUCAUCGUGGAGGGCAAAAGGGUCGGCAAGGUACUAGAUAAUUGUAUUGAGGCGGAGAAGAUUGUUAACCGUUACGAUGCUCUGGCCUCAGACCUGUUGGAGUGGAUCGAGAAGACCAUCUCCGUCAUCAGCAACCAGAAGUUCGCCAACUCGCUGACUGGUGUACAGCAGCAGCUACAGGCCUUCACCACCUACUGCACCAUAGAGAAACCCAUCAAGUUCCAGGAGAAGGGGAAUCUGGAGGUGCUCCUCUUCACUGUCCAAAGCAAACUGAGGGCCAACAACCAGAAGCCUUACGUGCCUCAUGACGGGAAGCUCAUCUCUGACAUCAACAAGGCCUGGGAGAGGCUGGAGAAGGCGGAGCAUGAGAGAGGCGUGUCUCUGCGUAAGGAGCUGAUUCGUCAGGAGAAACUGGAGCUGCUGGCUCAGCGCUUCGACCACAAGACCACCAUGAGGCAGGCCUGGCUCAACGAGAACCAGCGGCUGGUGUCACAGGACAACUUCGGCUACGACCUGCCGGCGGUGGAGGCGGCCAUGAAGAAGCACGAGGCCAUCGAGGCAGACAUCACCUCGUACGAGGAGCGCAUCAGCGUGGUGGUGGAGCUGGCCAGCGAGAUGGAGGCGGAAGGAUACUACGACAUCCGCCGCAUCUCAGCACGCAAGGAGAAUAUCCUGGGCCAGUGGAGCCUGCUGAAGGAGCUGGUGGUUGGCAGGAAGGCCCGGCUGGAGAAAAACCUGGCGCUGCAGAAGACCUUUCAGGACAUGGUCUACAUGAUAGACUGGAUGGAGGACACACAGGUCCAGCUGCUUUCCAAGGACUUUGGGAAGCACCUAUUGGAGGUGGAUGACCUGCUACAGAAGCACAGCCUGCAGGAAGCUGACAUCACCGUGCAGGCAGAGAGGGUGGAGACACUUAAUGCCGCCGCACUCAAAUUCACCACCAUCGAAGGUUACCAGCCAUGUGACCCGCAGGUGAUCUGUAACCGUGUCAACCACGUCUCUUCCUGUCUGGAGGAGCUCAAACAGCUGGCAGCCAAGAGACGUUCGGAGCUGGAGGAGUCUAGACAGCUAUGGGCCUUCUUUCAGGAGCUGGAGGAGUCGGAGGCCUGGAUCAGGGAGAAGAGCUCCAUCCUGGCAGCUCAGGGUUACGGGAAGGACCUGAGCAGUGUCUUGAAGCUCCUGCAGAAACACAAGACCCUGGCUGGAGAGUUGCUGGCUCACCGAUCGCUGCUACAGAACACCAUAAAAAGAGGGAAACAGAUCCUGAGUGAGAAGAGCUUUGGCACGGCCGGCAUCCAGGAGCACAUCAUGGAGGUGAAGGGGGAGUGGAAGAGUUUGGAGGACCAGGCUGCCCAGCGCCUUGGCCACCUGCAGGAGGCGCUCAACUUCUUCCAGUUCUCCACAGAGAUGGACGACCUGCUGGCCUGGCUGCAGGACGCUUACCGCCUGGUGUCCAGUGAAGAUUUUGGGCAUGACGAGUACUCCACCCAGUCACUGCUGAAGAAGCACCGGGGUGUCCGGGAGGCCAUAGAUAAACACCGUCUGCAUGUAGUGGCGCUGCGCAAGCACAUGGUGGCACUGCCGCUGCCAUACCGUGAACAGGAAGAGGUGCAGGUGCGUAUGGGGGAGACGGAGCAGCUGUACACCGAGGUAGCGGAGGUGGCUGUGCUCAGGCAGCAGUGGCUCCACGACGCACUGGCCGUCUACCACAUGUUCAGCGAGGUGAACGCCUGCGAGCUGUGGAUUGACGAAAAGGAGCAGUGGUUGGACAAGAUGGAGAUCCCCGAGAGGCUGGAGGACGUGGAGGUGGUGGCGCAUCGGUUCGAGAGCCUUGACCAGGAAAUGAACAGCCUGAUGGGAAGGAUCCUCGAUGUCAACCAGAUAGUCCAGCAGCUCCUGGAUGGAGGCCAUCCUUCCUCCACAGAGGUCAGAGGUUGCCAAGACCAUCUCAACUCCAGGUGGAAUCGCAUUGUAGAGCUUGUGGAGCAGAAGAAGGACCACUUGGACUCAGUUUUGCGGCUCCAGAACUACCUGCUGGAGUGCGGUGAGAUCAAGUCCCAGAUCCAGGACAAGAGGAAAGCCAUUGAUGCCACGCAGUAUGUGGGCAGUGACCUGGGAGGCGUUCUAGCGCUGCAGAGGCGACUCUCCACCAUGGAGGGUGCGCUGUCUGUCCUGGAGCCCAAACUUCUGAACCUUCAGGAGGAGGCUGAACAUCUGGCUACUGCCAACCCGGGCCGGGCCAUGGAGGUUCUGGUGCCAUUCGAGGGGAUCAGUGUGGAGUGGGAAGAGCUGAAACGGACUCUGCAGGGCUGUGAGGACUCCCUGAUGGUGGCUGGCAGGUUACAGAGUUUCAUACAGGACCUGGACUCAUUCCUGACCUGGCUGGUCCAGACCCAGACGGCUGCUGCCUCAGAUCAGCUGCCCAACGAUCUGGAGGAGGCUGAGAGGCUCAUCAACAAACAUGCUGCUCUCAAGGAGGAGAUAGGACGAUACGAGGAGGACUACGAGCGGCUGCAGGCUGUGAACGAGCUGCUGGAGUCAGAGGAAGCGCCCCUGCCCCAUGCGGCGCUGCAGCAGUGGCUCCAGAAGCUUGACGUGGGCUGGAACAAGCUGCUGGAGAUGUGGGAGACCAGGAGGGAGGUUCUGGUCCAGGCGCACAUCUUCCACCUGUUUUUACGUGACGUCAAACAGGCCGAGUCCUUCCUAAACAACCAGGAGUCGGCCUUGGCCCAUGUGGAGCUACCCACCACAGUGGAGACGGUGGAGGCCGCCAUUAAGAAGCACAAGGACUUCACUACCACCAUGGAGCUCAACCUCCACCGGAUCAAGGCCGUCAUCGAGGCCGGCGAGAGCCUCAUCAGCCAGAACAACAUCUACUCGGAGCGCAUCCGGGAGCGAGUCGACACGCUGGCUAGCAGGGGUAAUCAAAACAGAGAUCUGGCUCAGCAGUGGUUGGAGAAGCUCAAUGACCAGUGGGAACUUCAACGUUUUCUACAGGACUGUCAUGAGCUGGGGGACUGGGUGUGCGAGAAGAUGCUGAUGGCGCGAGACGGCAGCCGAGACGAGACCCAGAAGCUCCAUAAGAAGUGGCUGAAGCACCAGGCCUUUAUGGCCGAGCUGGCCCAGAAUAAGGAGUGGCUGCAGAAGAUCGAGAAGGAGGGCCAGCAGCUUAUCCAGGAGAAGCCGGAGCUGAGCCCGGUGGUGCGGAAGAAACUCGGGGAGAUCCGGGAGUGCUGGCAGGACCUGGAGAGCACCACGCAGGCCAAGGCCCGCCAGCUCUUUGAGGCCAACAAGGCCGAUCUGCUGGUCCAGAGUUACGCCAGCCUGGACCAGAGGCUGGACCAGCUGGUUGGGCAGCUGGCCUUCGUGGACCAGGGACAGGACCUGACGUCCAUCAACAAGCAGCUGAAGAAGCUACAGACAAUGGAGUCCCAGAUGGAGCAGUGGUACAAGGAGGUGGGGGAGCUCCAGGUGCAGGCAGCCUCCAUGCCCCAGCAGGCGCAGAUUAAGGAAACGGUUGCCGAGCGACAAGUGGCUGUAGAGUCCAGGAUGGUGCGCCUGAUCGAGCCCCUGAAGGAGAGGCGACGCAUCCUGCUGGCCUCGAAAGAAGUGCACCAAGUGGGGCGGGACCUGGAGGACGAGAUUUUGUGGGUCCAGGAGCGCCUCCCUAUGGCUACUAGUCAGGAGCAUGGUUCCAGCCUGCAGGCGGUCCAGCAGCUUAUGAAGAAGAACCAGACCCUCCAGAGAGAGCUGCAGGGCCACAGGGCCAGGAUAGAGGACGUGUUGGAGAGGGCCAGCAUCAUCGCCUCCAUCCGUAGCCCCGAGGCGGACUAUGUCAGGGCUGGACAGGAGCAGCUGGCCCACCUGUGGGCGCUGCUCUGGGCCGAGACAGAGAGGAGGCAGCUGGUCCUAGACGCUAUGUACCAGGCCCAGCAGUACUACUUCGACAUGGCUGAGGUGGAGGCCUGGCUCAGCGAGCAGGAGCUACACAUGAUGAACGAGGAGAUGGGCAAGGAUGAACCAAGCACGCUCCAGCUGCUGAAGAAGCACCUGGUGCUGGAGCAGGCCAUCGAGGACUACGCCGAAACCAUCGGCCUGCUGUCACAGCAGUGUCGGCAGCUGCUGGAGAUGGGACAUCCGGACUGCGAGCAGAUCAGCAAGCGUCAGUCGCAGAUCGACCGUCUGUACGUGUCUCUGAAGGACCUGGUGGAGGAGAGGAAGAGCCGUCUGGAGCAGCAGUACUGGCUCUACCAGCUCAACAGGGAGGUGGAUGAGUUGGAGCAGUGGAUCGCCCAGAGGGAGGUGGUGGCCAGUUCACCAGAACUGGGCCAGGACUUUGAGCACGUCACGGUGCUGCAGGAGAAAUUCACAGAGUUUGCCUCAGAGACGGGCAGCGUGGGUCAGGAGCGGGUGACUGCCGUCAACCAGAUGGUCGAUGAGCUGAUCGAUUACGGCCACGCUGAGGCCGCCACCAUUGCUGAGUGGAAGGACGGUGUGAACGAGGCCUGGGCGGACCUGCUGGAACUGAUGGAGACCAGGGCUCAGAUGUUGGCUGCCUCACACCAGCUACACAAAUUCUUCUCCGACUGCAGAGAGGUUUUGGCCCAGAUCGAGGAUAAACAUCGGAGGUUGCCGGAGGUGCAAGCUCGCCAGGGUGGCACUGCCAACACAAGCACCCUGCAGAGGCUCAUGCACAGCUUCGAACAAGACAUCCAGCAGCUGGUCACACAGGUACGCCAGCUACAGGAGAGCGCAGCUCAGCUGCGGACCGUCUACGCCGGUGAGAAGGCAGAGACCAUCGCCUGCCACGAACACGAAGUGAUGCAGUCUUGGAAGGAUCUGCUGACUUCCUGCGAGGAGUGCCGGGUGCAGAUCACCACUGCCACGGACAAGCUGAGGUUCUUCGGCAUGGUCCGAGAUCAGAUCAUGUGGAUGGACUCCAUCAUCUGCCAGAUAGGGGCGGGAGAGAAGCCCAGGUACUCACCCAGCAGAACUGGAUUUGUGGAAGGAAACAAAGUCUGUGUCGACCUCACAGAUAAACCAAGGGACGUGUCAUCAGUGGAGGUGCUAAUGAACUAUCACCAGAGUCUAAAGAGCGAGGUGGAGGCCCGGAGCCGGGGUGUCCUGGAGUGUAUCGAGAUGGGAAAGACCCUACUAGCUGCUAGAAACCCUGCCGCUGAGGAGAUCAAGGAGAAGCUGGACAAGGUGGUUGCUAAGCAACAUGAGCUGUCUGAGAAGUGGGACAAGCACUGGGAGGUGCUACAGCAGUUGCUGGAGGUGCACCAGUUUGCCCAGGAGGCGGUGGUGGCGGAGGCAUGGCUGACAGCCCAGGAGCCGUUCAUCAACAGCAACGAGCUGGGCGGGAGCGUGGAUGAGGUGGAGCAGCUGAUUCGUCGACACGAGGCCUUUCGGAAGGCCGCCGCCACAUGGGAGGAACGCUUCAGCUCGCUACGGCGACUCACCACGGUGGAGAAGCUGAAGGCAGAGCAGAGUAAACUCCCCCCCACCCCUUUGCUGGGGCGUAAAGUCUUCCUGGACCCCCAAGACGCCUCCCCAAACCCUCCCACCCUCCCACGCCUUCCACUGUCCCCUGUCAUGAGACAGACUAUCUACGAGCAGAACGAAGCCAGCUCCCCGCCCUCCCCCUCUCCGGCCACCCCCUCCCCUUCCCCCUCAUCCGUGGCUCGCCGACUGGGGUCAACGGUCGCCAACUACACGCCGGUGAUGAACGGCACCAGCUACCGUCACGGUUUGGAGGCACGGCAUGCCGCGGUGGUGGGGGUGGCCGCAGGACUGUGCCAGCCCUCCCCUUCCUCCAUCGCCUCAGUUGCCACGGCGGCCAUGCUGGUCUCGGCCAAUCAGGCAAGAGAGAGUGCUGGCACGGCAAGGGACCAGGUGGCGAAGGCGGUGAGUAAUGUGACCCAGCAGGUGCAGGCAGCGAGGGAGGCGGAGGUCAAACCAUCGCCAUAUCUACGGCAACCAAAGAUCAGACACUUGGACGACGUGGUGACGCCCCUGCUCGUGGCCAGCCGGCUGGAGAAAGGCCGGGAAAGGGAGAGAGAGAAGGAGACGAUGAUGGGCGAUAUAGGGACUGAGAGAGGUGAGGUGGCCGUGAUGGCAGAGGUGGUCCUCCAGGAGCCCGGCAAGGCGUCUCAGGGCGGGGCCUGGACCGACCCUCUGGUCCAUGCCGAGCCCCAGGUACAGACCCAGAUCUACCACAGGGAACACAGCAGGAUAGAGCGGCAGCUGUCCAGCGAGCAGUUGAUUCAGGCACGGCGGGAUGAGCUCCCGCAGGAGGUGUGGAGGGAACAGGCAGAGAGGCGGGAGAGGAGGACGCUGGAGAGACAGACGUCCAGCGAGCAGGAGGGACAGGGCGGACACGAGGGGCGGAGGAGAGAGCGAGACAGGCACCGGCUGGAGAGACAGGAGUCGAGCGAGCACGACAAGGAGCAGUCAGACAGACGCUCAGGAGGAGGGGAGAAGAGAGCCACCCUGGCAGACAUAGUGGAGCAGCUGCAGGAAAGAGAGGCGGCGCAGGCCCGCGGCGAGGUUCCCCGCCUGCCUAACGGCGUGCCAGAAAAGUCUUCCCGUCCCGACCGGCCUCGCGCCCGGGAUAGGCCCAAACCCAGGCGCCGCCCGCGACCCAAAGAGCCCGGGGAGACGACGCGGCGUUCCCGGUCCGCCCCAGCCCAGAGCUCCCCUGCUGUUCCUCAGCCGCCCGCGCACACCGCCCACCACGAGGGCUUCCUCUUCCGCAAGCUGGACAUCGAGAGCUUGAAGAAGAGCACCAACAGCAGGUCAUGGGUGAAUCUGUACUGUGUGCUGAAUAAAGGGGAGCUGGGUUUCUACAAGGAUGCCAAGAACACCAGCACCCCAUACAACAACGAGCCACUGCUCUGCCUCUCCCACUGCAACUGUGAUGUCACCAACGGCUACAAGAAGAAGAAGAACGUCUUCACGCUCAAAACAAAAGAUGGAAGCGAAUUUCUGUUCCAUGCAAAAGACGAGGACGACCUCAAAGCGUGGGUGAACAACAUCACCGCCAGCAUCUCGGAGCACGAGGAGAUUGCCAAAUGGGGUCAGCCCCAGCCAACUACCUCAUCCACCGACGAGGGCACGCGCCGCGACGGCAGCAAGGCGGACAACCGGUCAGAGCGGGGCGCCGAGCGGGCCGACCGAGAGAGAGAGCGGGACAAGGACAGAGAAAGGGGGGAGAGGUCAGAGAGGUCAGACAAGGGAGAGAAGUCGGACGCCAGGCGCUCGGAGAAGUCCGGAAAGAAGAAGAAGUGAGCUCAGCCGAGGGAACAAAGUCGUUUUCUUUUUCCCCCCCGUUAGAAGGAAAUGCGUGAACUCCGGGCAGUGGGAGGGGGUUGAUA